GCAUAUGUUCAGUGUAACGAGGACAAUCUUGAGAGAGACAUUCAGACUGAGAAAGUUGAGACACUGGAGAAAUGGACACAGCAUCCAGGAGAAAGUGCCCUUGUAUCUGGAGGUGAAGAACAUUUUAUGAAUGGAACUCUAACACCUAAAAUUAAUUCACAAAGAUUAGCAAAUUUCCUUCGGUCUGCUUGCCAGGUGAUUGCUGUUUUGCUAGAGGAAGAUCAAGUUGCAACACAACCCAGGUGGAAACUAAGAUCUCGACAAACCAGUCUGUCUAUUAGUGAUAGCUGUUUCCAGUUAAAUACUAACCAGCCAUUCCUCCAUGACCGAAAAAUAUCCUGCCUGUAUGUCUCUCAAGUUCAGAGGCAGUCACUACUUUCUGUUCAUGGAUUACCUGAAAAGGCAGGUGUUGUUUUACUGAACAGAAAAAGCAUCAUAUGCGUUUGGAACAUCUGGCAGCCCUCCAGUCCUCAGAAAGUUUUAACAUGUGACUCAGAGGUGGUAUGUUGCUGCUUCAGUCCCAAUAAAACAACGUUAGUUUUUGCUGGAACAAUAGAUGGUUCAUUGUUGGUGUGGGAUCUUCGAGAAGACUCGAGAAUGCACCCUCGUAUGACGAUCAGUGAAAUUGAGUGGACGUUUAGAGUUCCAACAUUUUCCACUGAUGGCAUUCUAAACUCAGUAAACCACACCUCCCCUAUACUAGCAGUGGAACCUGUCUCAACCUCUCUCUACACUGAUCAGAAUUAUGGGCUCUCAAGCCUCUCUUAUCAGGAGGAAAUGUCAGGCCCUCCAUUUCAGAUAGCUUCAAUGGAUGAAAAUGGAAUCCUCAAUAUGUGGGUAGUUGUUGAAUUACAAAAAGUGGAUUUAGCUGGUUCACAAACUGAUUUAGGUUUAAUUCCUGGAGGGAAAGUGAAGUUAGUACAUAGCUCUACUAUGGAAUUGAAUAACAGCCUUUUCCCAAAGGAUGUGCGCCAGAGAAUGCCCCAGACACUGACUAUUAAAUUUCUGCCUUCUAAUCCUAAUAAUUUCAUUGUUGGAACAAACAUUGGGCUGGUAGGCCAUGGUACAAGACAUGAUUUAAAAGUUUUUCCAAAGUUAUUCAGACCCCAGGAGAGCAGACUGAGAUCGAUAAGCAUCAACGCAAUUGAUUUCUUCCCUUUUGGAAAGCCACUAUUUUUGGUUGGCUGUUCAGAUGGAAGUAUUCGAUUACACCAAAUGACAUCAGAGUAUCCCCUCAUGCAGUGGAAUGACAGCACAAAUGGCCGGCCAAUUAUUGCUCUGCAGUGGGCCUUAACAAGACCUGCUGUGUUUUUUGUCCUGGAUGCAUCAUCUAAUAUUUACAUUUGGGAUCUUCUGGAAAAUGAUUUGUUGCCUGUGGUAAAGCAGACUAUUCCAUCAGAGAAUGUUGUAACUAUGGCUCUACUGGGAGAACCAGAAAAAACAAACCGAUUGUUAGGCAUUGUGCUGGCCAAAGAAUCUGGACAGAUAGACAUUCAAUAUGUAAAGAAGAAGUGGGCAUUACCUCAGCCUGAGGAAUCUGAAAAACUGCAUCUGCUUUUAUUGCAGUCUUUUUAGAAACAGUACCCCUGUCUGGGUGUCCAAAUUAUUGCAAAAUAUUUAAUUAUGUUUGUCUGUAAUUAAAAGAUUUGUAAUGUAAUUUUGUAUUUGUAUAUAUCUUGUAUAUAUUUUAAAGAAUAUCAGUACAGUAUUUCAGCUGAAACCAUAUAUUUUAUCACAAAAAUGGCAGAACCAAAUUUAGCGUUACUGUACUCAAAAAGAUUAUGAACUGUAUUUCAUUAUUGAAAGCACUCUAGAUGUAUAUAUUUAAAAAAAAUACUAAAAAUAUAUGCCUAUAAAUUAC